CUGGGACCUGGGGGAGUGGUCAGAGUGCACUAGAACCUGCGGCCCGGGGUCCCAGCAACGCCAGGUCAUCUGUCGUCAGGAGCUCCGUAAACAUGGCAACAGUACGGCAACGGUGGUCGCCGUGGAGAUGGAGCAGUGCGGAGGUUAUGAUAGGCCAGAGACGACAUCGCCCUGUCAGCUAAAGAUCUGCAGCGAGUGGCAGAUACGCUCCGAGUGGAGCCUGUGUUCCGUCCCGUGUGGUGUGGGCCAGAGCAGCAGAGAGGUGGUGUGUGUCGGUAACCAGGGAGACGUGGAGGGGGACGACCAGUGUAACCUGGGGGUGAAACCAGCCCCUCUUCAGAACUGUGACAUGGGACCCUGCGCACGGAACUGGUUCACCUCACCAUGGAGCACACAGUGUUCUUCAGAGUGUGGUGAGGGCAGACUUAGUCGCUCAGCAGUGUGUCUGUUGGACCAUGUGACUAACCUACCAUUGGACGGCUGCGACGGGCCCCGCCCACAGGAAGUAAUCUCCUGCGACGCUGGGCCAUGUCACCUCCGCCUGGAAUGGUACACUGGACCCUGGGGACAGUGUUCGGCGGAAUGCGGAAACGGAACCCAGACCCGGGGUGUAGCCUGUCUACUCCAUGACAACAGUCGCCUGGAGGCUGUGGACCAAUCAAACUGUUCCCACCUGGAUCGACCAAUGAGCUCUCAGAGCUGCCACCUGAAGGUGUGUGGGGUGCAGUGGUACGCCACCGAUUGGAGCACGUGCGACCCCCUGAGAGUCGGGAGGAUUGUAACACCCAGCCCUGUUUACCUGAGACAGGUAUGA